UUAAAUAACCAUCGAACAACUCAUCCAACAAAAUGUGGAACAAACAAUCUUCCUACACGCCCUUGUUAUCAUAGUUUACUUUUUUUUUCUCUCCCUCUCCCUUUUUCUACAUCUCCAAUCUGCCAUAGAAAGAAAUCCCAAUAUAAAAAUGGUCUUUUUCAAAGACAAUCCUAAACGUUUGAUUUGCAAGAAAUCAAAAAGCUUCAAAAAAAAGAACCUGAGCUUUUUUCUUUUAACUUCGUUUCUCCAUUUCACUCCCAUUGCAACCACAAUGCCCGUCUUGGACACUUUAAAAAACUUUAUAAGACAGGGAAAGAACGCUGUGUCGGUUCAGCAAGGCGCUUUACCAAAGGACCAAGCUGCUAAUGACAACGAGAAGCGGUCAUUCAACAACACCGAGGCUGCCGUCCGUAUUGUUGAAGAGGAAAAGCUAGCCAAGGCCGACAAGAAGCUUCCUACCUACCCUAAGCUAGAACGGUAUACUCUGAUUUCCGAGAUGGGAGAUGGCGCUUUUUCAAAGGUAUACAAGGCGUACGAUACCCAAACUGGUGAUUAUGUUGCUGUCAAGGUCGUAACUAAACCCGACAAGAAUGCUGCAGAGUCACAGCGACACUUACACCCCAAAAUGAAGAAGCGUCCCAAGGCAACUGAGCGGGCGAAUAUUCUCAAGGAAGUCCAGAUCAUGAGAAGUAUUCACCACGACAAUGUUAUUCGUCUGAUUAGCUUUUCUGAAUCCGAUGAUUACUACUACUUGGUGCUCGAGCUUUGUGACGGAGGAGAGCUGUUCCAUCAAAUCGUCAAGCUGACUUAUUUCAGUGAAGACCUCGCACGUCAUGUUAUAACACAACUAGCCCAUGCCCUUAGACAUCUUCAUGAGGAGUGUGGUGUUGUUCAUCGUGAUAUCAAGCCAGAAAAUAUCUUGUUCAACCCUAUACCCAUUGUGCCAUCCAAGGAUCCCAAAACAUUACAACUUUCCCACCCAGACGACGCACCAAAGUUAGAUGAAGGAGAAUUCACACCUGGAGUUGGCGGAGGCGGCAUAGGAAUUGUCAAAUUAGCAGAUUUUGGUCUCUCCAAAGUCAUUUGGGAUGCUUCUACCAUGACCCCUUGCGGUACCGUAGGCUACACUGCUCCUGAAAUUAUCCGUGAUCAAAAAUAUUCUAAAGCCGUCGACAUGUGGGCCAUGGGAUGUGUUCUCUACACGCUACUUUGCGGUUUCCCACCAUUCUAUGAUGAAAGUAUCAAGACUUUGACCGAGAAGGUGGCCAGGGGUGAAUAUUCAUUUUUGAGCCCGUGGUGGGAUGACAUCAGCAGUUCAUCCAAAGACCUCAUAACGCAUUUACUGUGCAUUGAUCCUGACGAACGCUAUACUAUCGACGAAUUUUUACAACAUCCUUGGAUCAUGAAGGGCCAAGAAAACCUUCCUAAGGAACCACAACCCAUUCCUGUGACCGUGGAUGCUCCACCAACGGCUAACCCAGAAUCUCGCAAGGAUCUCCUUUCUCCCGGUGUAUCUAUGAAAGAAGUGUUUGACGUCACAUAUGCAGUGCAACGAAUGGGAGAAGAAAAGAAACGACGUAAAGCUCUCUAUGAGCGCAUGGGUGAUUUGAAGGUGGCAGACGAAACGUCUGAGGGUGCGACAAAAGCAUUUCAAGAUACGAUUGACUCUGGAGACGAGUCUAGCUCCACUCUGGAAGAUAGUGAUGAUGAGUUUGGCAAAGUAUUGCUACCUGCUGAUGUCCCUGCUGCCCUUGCGGGCAAAAUGGGUGGUGACGACCUCACACGACGACUACAAGCAGCCCAACAACGAAGAAUAGCAAGAAAAGUAGCCGAGCAGAAACAGCGUCAAGCUAGUAUGAUUUCUAGCCCAGAUACGCAAUCCACCGUUUCUUCCAACAACUCUAAACGAUCAAGACGUGCUCCUUUCGACCUCAAUAUGAACAAUGCCACGCUUCUUAUGAAGCGCAAUAUCUCUCCAGCUAAAGCAUAGUCAUGUCAUCUUUUUUUUUUUCUCAACCAAAACAAAAGGGAAAUAACAUUCAUACCUCUCUCUCAUUCACUUCAUUCUUCUUGAUAAAAGAAAUUGUAAUAAAUGCCUGUUUAUAUAACUAUAA